AUGCCCGCCGCGCUCCCAUUCGCUCUCCCACCUCCCCAGCGCGCCCCUGUCCUCACUCCCUCACAUGAGGCGCUGCCGCCCCGUGCCUCCCAUGCGGCGCCUCUUCUCCGCCAGCCCACGCUGCCUGCUCGCCCCGCGCCCCUCUUGCGCACGCCUUCUUCCCCCUCCAUUCCGCGCGUGUCCGCCACCUCCGCAGCCCACGCAAGCGCGGGAUGCGCAAUUGGACCCGUAGAGUCAAGUCGCCGAUUGAACCGUUUAGGGGCGCUCUCACCGCGCCGCGUGCCGAGCCGCGCGUCACUCUCCCCCUUCCCCGCAUCCUCCGCCGCCGGUCUCAGCAGCGCCAGCAGCGCGUGGCUUUCAGGCUCCUCGAGCGCGCGUCUACUUCCCCCGCGCACCUCAACUCCACCACUCGCGCCCUCCCCCUUCACCCGCCAUUCCGCGCUCCUCCUUCCGCGCCUGGCCGUUGCGCCCAACGGCCGCGGCGGAGGACGCAGGGGCAAUGGGCGCGUGGUGUGCGGGAGGGUGAAGCGGGGCGGCGACGGCAGCGCAGACGGGCCGGCGGCUGGCGCGGGGGCUGGCAGUUCUGGCGGCGCUGGUGGCGCUGACAGUGGCGGAGGCGGUGGCGGGGGCAGUGACGGCGGAAACAGUACUGGGGGGGGCGGAAAUAAUGGCGGGAGCAGCGGUGGUGGCGGAAGGUCAGGCAGGUCGAGUGGCAGCGGCGGCAGCAAGCCGUCCCCGCCACCAGAAAGCCUCAACGGAAGCGCCUCCCCUGCCCUUCCGCCCGCCCCGCCCCCUCCGCGCCAAUCCUCCCCCAGCCCCUCUUCCCGCUCCCCAAGGGCCCCUGCUGCGUCUGACCCGCCCCGCCGUGGAGCCGCAGCAUCCCCCGCCCCCCAAUCCCCCGCGGCUGCAGCGCCCCCCACCCCCACCCCCACCCCCACCCCGCCCCUGGCGGCCACGAGGCGGCGGCGGCGGCGUGAGCGGGGCGUGGGGUGGCGGCGGGUGGCGUGGGCGCUGGCAGCGGCGCUGCUGUGGGGCGGGGGGGCGUACGCGCAGCAGAGGGCGCGGCAGUACGUGCAGGCGCGCGUGCUGCCCGUGGUGGAGGCGGCAGCGAGCGCACAGGCAGGCAGGCAGGUGGCAGUGGGGCGCGUGCAGCAGCUGCUGCCGUGGGCUGUGAGCGUGGGACCUGUCUCCAUCGGCCCUGCUGCCUCUGAGUUCUCGUGCGCCCAUGCAGAUGCCGUGCAAGUGCGGGUGAGUGCUGCACAGCCACUGUGCUGCACACAGCAUGUGCAUGUGGCCACAACUGGCACCUGCACACACACAUUCGUAGAGCCGCCCCUCCCCUGGCCCUUCAAUUCAGCCGCUGUUUUCCAUCAAUCUCAUCCCCCCCCCACCGUCGCUUCUCCCUUGUCUACCCUGCUCGCCCCCGCUGCCCGUGUGUGGGUGCAGCUGCACCCGGUGGCGUCGGUGGCGCAGGGGCGGGUGGUGGUGGGGGCGCAGGUGCAGCGCGCCACAGUGCUGGUGGCACAGCAGCCCGACUGGACGUGGCUCGGCAUCCCCGCAGACAUGGACGCCCCCGCCUCCCCCUCCUCCUCCAUCCCGCCUCUCUCCGCCCGAGCCUCCCUGCAACGCCAGGCUCGGGACGCAGCCUCGGUGGCAGCAGCGGAGGAGAGGGACAGGCUGGCACUGCAAGGGGCACAGAUUGAGUACCGAGGGGAGGGGGGCGCGCAGGGACUGGGCGGAAGGGGAGGGGAAGGCGAGAUGGGUGCAAAAAGGGAAGGGAGAGUAGUUGGGGGCGCGGAGGUGGGUGGGGGUAAGGCCAGGGUCGAGUGGGAGUGGGUGGAGGAGCAGCAGCGGGCGGCGGAGAGGGCAGUGAGCAAUGUGCUGCGAGCAGCAGUGGAGGCGCUGGGGUGGCAUGGGUACGACCAGCACCCCCUCUCCGCCACUGCGCCAGCCCCCAGCGCCCCGCCCUCAACACCCUCUGCACCCCCCUCGCCCCCUCUCUCUGCCCAGGAGCACCUGCUCUCCCUCUCUGCAUCGGCGGCCCUGGCCCACCUCUCCUCCCUGCCGCCCCACCUCAUGCCCCCCGCCCGCCCGCCCCCUGCCCCCGCCCCAAUGCCCACACAGCACAGUGGGGGGAGUGGGAGCGAAAGGGGUGGGGGCCGGGGAUGGAGCGGUGAUGGCACGGUGGGAGGGGAGAGGAUGGCUCGUGAGAGUGGCAAGGGGCGGGAAGGUCACAUGGCGGGCGGUGAGGGGCGGUCGGGGCACUUGGAGAGUGGGGGUGUUAGUGUGGGAGCGAAUGGCGAUGGUCUUUCGAGGAGGGGAGGAGACGGUAGCAUGAGCACGGAAGGGACAGUAGCAGCAGUUGGUGGGAGAGAGAGUGACGCACGAGGGGUUGAAGUGAGAGGGAGUGAGGCUAGGAUGGGUGAAGAAAGUGGCGUGGGUGGAGUGAAGUGGGGCGAGGGCGGCAGGGGUGCAGGCGAGGGGGAGGGCAGCGAGUCGGCGCUGAGAGAUGCUCUGGCGCUCGCCAUCCGCCAGCGCAUGGCCGCCCCGGUGGGGAUAGGGCUCGUGGAGGGGCAGGUGGGGGGGCAGGCGGGGGGUCAGGUGGGGGGCCGGGGCGAGAGAAUAGGAGUGGAUGUGGAGCAAGAGGCGGAGGUGAGAGGGAGCGGAACAAGAGAGGUGGUGGAGGCACAAGGGGCGUGGGGCGGAGCAGCAAGGAGGGAGGAGGCUACAGACAGGGGGCGUGCCUCAUUGACUGCUGGUGCUGCCACUGGCCAUGCCACGGACCUUCCUCUUGCUGCUGGCCUUCCUUCCCCCGUGCAGCAGCAGCAGGCGCAGGCACAGCAGCACAGCGGGCAGGCACUGUCACAAGUGAGCGCGGCGGAUUCACAGCAGUGGCAGCAGGAGCAGAGGCAGCGGCAGGCAGAGGUAGCAGCAGUACAGGUGGAGCGAGCACCUCAGAGUGCGGCUGAGCCCCUGCCAUCGCCCCCCCGCAUGUCAAAGGCGGGGUUGCCGGCGCCUGUGUGUGCGCGUGAGUGGGCACUGCGCAAGCUGCACCCAGCAUAUGGGCGAGGGGGGGCAGAGGCGCAGGGGGGAAGAGGGGAUGGCAACGAGGUGGGGGAGAAGGGCACGCAUGGCAGUGCGGGCAGGGGAGCUGGUGAAGCUGGGGAGGGGGUUACAGCACCACAAACAGCAGCAGUGGGGGGUGAAGAGGGGGCAGGUGGAGGGAGGCAGGGCGAGGAGGCAGCAGGGGUAGGUGCGGGGCGGUUGGUGCCGUGCAUGGAGGGAGUGAGGGUGCAUGGCGGCACCCUCAUGCUCCUCGCUUACGGUGACCAGGAGCCACGGGUGGUGGAGCACAUCGAUGCGCAUGUGACCUUCCCCGCGCUGCCCCACUCCUACAAGCGCAUCAAGCCCCCCGGCAGCAGCGGCAAGGGAAAGCGCUUCUCCACGCCUUUCCACAUGAUGCCUGGCGGUGCAGCGGCAGGGCGGAAGGAGGCGGAGGGGGGAGCAGAGGGGGGAGCAGAGGGGGGAGCAGAGGGGGGAGCAGGCGAGGGGGGAGGCGGGUUGCUGCGAGUGGCAGUGGAUGUGGACGAGGACAAGCACGAGUGGGCUGUCACUGUCACCGCACACAACCUCUUUGCACCUGUGAUGGAGCGGCUGCUGGAGAUCCCAUUGGAUUGGUACGGCGGGAGGGCCGACGGGCAGGUGCAGCUGUGGAUGGGGGCGGGGGAUUCAUUCCCCAACUUCAAGGGCAGGGUGGACAUCAGAGACCUCGCCUUCCAAAUCUGGGAGUCCCCCUGUGCGUUCACUGGAGUGAGCGGGGCGGUGGUGCUGGAGGGGCAGCGGCUGUUCCUGCACGGGGUGGAGGGGCGGUACGGCCACGUGCCACUGAGGGCGUCGGGGGACAUGGACCUCAACCAGGGCGCCGGAGGACACACCGCCAACCCGCUCUCUCCAAUCACCUUCUGCCAGCUGGCAGGGAGCCUGCAAGGACUGCUCUUCUGCCGCGGGCCUCUCGAUGCGCCGAUCUUUGAAGGCACUGCUGAGCUGGCAGCAGAGCCUGCUGACGUGGAUGCAGCCGUUGCUGCGGUGGCCGGGUCGGAUGCAGCGGUGGCGGUGGAGGCGUGGCGGGGGGAGGGGGCAGUGGGGGCGUAUGACCGCGUGCCCGUGGCGGAGCUGCAUGGGGUGCGGGCGGUGCCGGUGGGAGGGGGGGAGAUCCGAGGGGCGGGCACGCUGUGGGUGUGUCCUCAGGCAGAGGCGGAUCCAUCGGCAGUGAGUGUGGACUGCUGGGCGGCGGGGGUGUCGCUGGACCGCCUGCUCGCCUUCUACCUGCCGCCCGCCACCGCUGCUCCGCCCUCGCUGCUCGGCCUCGCCUCAGGCGAAGCCGCCUUCAGAGGCUCCCUGCUCUCCCCGUAUGCCUCCCUCUGCCUCCCUCUGCCGUACUUUGCCGUAUUCUCUCUUGGGCUGGUAUGUGCUCUUUCGCUCGUUUUCUUCUCUUUCACGGUGGAGGCGGCAUGGAAGGCACCGCAGGCGAGGGGCCCGUUGGAGGGGAUGAGGGGGUCGGUGGCGCUCACGAGGGACACAGCCCACGCCGCCACCCACGCGCACGCCCUCGACCUCCUCCUCUCCGCCUCCGUCUCCGCCCCUCCCCCCUGCCCCACCCCCCCGCGCCCUCCCCGCGGUGCCGCUCGCCCGUGGCCGGUGCUGUCGAGGGAGCUGCCCCCGUUGCCCCCGCGCCCGCGUGUGGAGCGCGUGGAGGCAGAGGCGCGCCUGAGGGCCUUCGACGCCCUUGCGCUGCUGCCCGCCGCCCCCGUGCCCGUGCCGCCCCCCCAGCCCUCCCUGCGGCACCUGCGGCUGUCGGGGCGCUUCAAGGUGUCAGCGCGCGUGCCGUGGGGCAGUGAGGUGCACCCGGGGGCGGUGGACGAGGCAGGGGGGGGUGGAGGCGCGAGGCAGGAGGCAGAGGCGGGGCUGGCAGGGCUGGAGGGGAGUGUGCUCAUUCAGGGGCUGAAGCUGAACCAGCUGCUGCUGGGGGCGAACCUGUCAGGCGGCGUGGCUGUGAGUCCCCACGGCUUCAACCUGCACACCGUGGGCCGUGGCGAUGAGCAGCUCAUGCUGCAGCUCUCAGCCAAUGGCGUGCUGCCACCUGUCCCUACAAUCCCCCAUGCCUCGUCGUCCUACAUGCCCCAGGUGCAGGCCUCCGAGGCGGCCUUCCCGCUCUUCGAUGUGGGAGCAGCGGCACCAGCAGCAGGCAGCGCGGGCGGCGGUUUAGGGGGCGUAGCGGGGGGAGCGGUGCGGGUGCAGCGGGGGCAGAUGAGUGUGGAGGGGCAUGUGCGCGUGGGGGCAACAGCAGCACUGGAGGUGAGGGCGCUGCCGCUGGACGAGUUGGAGCUGGCGUCGCUGCGCGGGCUCGUGGAGCGCGCUGCCGUGCGCCUCAACUUCGCCAAGCGCCGCGGCCACGGCUCCCUCGCAGUGCGGCGCCCGCGCUUCAGCGGCAUGCUCUGUGACGCCCUGCAUGCUGCCUUCCGCUGGACCGGCGACGUGGUGACUCUGGAGCGGUCGGUGCUGGAGCAGGCAAACAGCCGGUACGAGCCUCCACGCCCACCCCCGACGCUGCUGCCACUGCGGCUGCCGCGGCCUCGGAGCGUGGCGUGGACGUGGAGUGGGGUGCAGGCGGGCGGCAGAGGGCGAUGCCGGGGCAGCUGCCGCUGGCGCUUACGCCUCGACGUGCCCCACGCUGACGUGAGCGAGAUGCUGCCGGGGCUGCGCAUUCUGUCGCGCAGCCACGACCCGGCGGUGCUGCUGCGCUCCAAGGAGCUCUUCCUGCACGGCAUCGAGGAGGUUGGCUUCGCCUCCCACUCCCUGCAGCACCAGCUUGAGUAUGUGCGGGAGAAGAGGGAGCGCGAGUGGGAGCCAGCGGGCACGGACGUGGGUGGGGGGGUGGCAGCGGAGGCGCUGCCAGGGCUGGUGGACCUGCGGGGGCGCUGGCACGGGGUGCUGGAGGCGAGUGGGGGUGGCAACGGCGACACGUCAGCAUCGUUUGACGUGCACGGCAGCGACUGGGAGGCGGGCAGGUACCGGCUGCAGCAGCUGCAGGCGCGGGGGCGGUACAGCAACACGGGGGGCCUGCAGGUGGAGCGGCUGCUGCUGCAGAAGGAUGACGGCGCCACGGUGCAUGCGGACGGCACUGUCUUUGGCCCCGCGCCCAGCCUGCACUUUGCGCUGCUCAACUUCCCCGCCCACCUCGUCCCCACCUUCCUGCAAGCCCUCCACGCCGCGGCGCCCUCCCAGUCCUCCGCUGCCGCUGCUGCCUCUGGUGCGCCGUUCCCCCCCUCGCCCCCCGUGGGCGUGCAGCAGGCGGCAGUGAGGGGCGUGGUGCACGUGGAGGGCGACCUGUCGGGCUCCUUCGCCCAGCCACAGUGCGACGUGCAGCUGCGGCUGCUGGACGGGGAGAUAGCGGGCGUGGCGCUGGGCAGGGCGGAGGUGGCGGCGUCGCUGACGAGGGCGUCGCGGCUGCUGUUCCACGCGGUGCUGGAGCCGGCAGUGGACGCGGGCCAGGUGCGCAUCAAGGGCAACGUGCCGCUGCCGCCGCUACAGGGGGGGCACGCAGGGCAGACGGCGCAGGCAGGGCAGGAGGUGCAGGGCGCAGGCAGGGACAUGGGCGGUGGAGGGAGGAUGGCAGCUUCUGGUGGAGGCAGAGUGCAGGAGAAGCGGAGGGGCAAGGCAGGCGAGAAGAAGCAGAAGGCGGGUGUGGAGGCGACACAGAAGAAGGAAGGUGGCGGUGCAGCGCGGGAGAGCAGCCGGCUCCGAGGAGAGGAGGAAGAGCAGGAGGAAGAGGAGGAGGAGGAGGGGGAUGGGGAGGGGGAGGGUGCGCAGAAGGGGCCGGAGCUGCUGCGCAGUCUGGUGGAGCUGGAGGGGGCGUUUGAGGGCGAGGAGCAGGCGGAGCAGAUGCAGGUGGAGGCCAGUGUGCAGGACGCCGGCAUGAUGCUGCUCACCGCGCUCUCACCCUCCUUCCGCUGGAUCCACGGCCACGCCGCCAUCUCUGCUCAGGUGGGUGCCGCCAUCUCUGCUCAGGUGGGCCAGUCUUAUAGUGACUUCAGCAUUCUUGCUUUGACUUGUCAUUACUCUGCACCCACACGUCUCUCCCCAUGCCUCUCUCUCCCGCGCCUCUCUCCCACGGCGCUGUGCGGGCGGCAGGUGAGUGGCACGCUGGCGCGGCCAGAGGUGGCGGCGGAGGCGGUGUUCAGCCGUGUGACGGCGUCGUCCCCCGUGCUGCCGCGCCCGCUCACGGCCGGGGGGGGGCGCAUCCGCAUCGCGGCGCAGCAGCUGCUGGUGGACGGGCUGGAGGGGCGCAUGGGGCGCCGUGGCACUCUGCGCGUCGAGGGCUCUCUGCCUCUCGGCCUGCCCGCACACGAGGGGGGGGUUGAGGGGGCGGAAGGGGAAGGGGAGGAGACGCUUGGUGGGUUGAGGAGGGGAAGCAAGGGGAAGAGGGGGAGUGGGAGGGAAGAGGGGGAGCAUGCACAGGACAGCAAGGCUGGGGAGGGAAUCAGCAUCACAGCGGAGGGUCUUGAAGUGCGAGCACGCAAUGUGUUCAGUGGUCUGGUGGACGCGGGCGUGAGUGUGAUGGGCAGCCUGGCCGCCCCUGAGGUGACAGGCUCCAUCCGGCUGUCACGUGGCAUCGCGUACCUGUCGCAGGAGAAGGACCGGGCCGACACCCCCCCCUCCCCCUCCGUGCCCUCCUCGCUGCUGCCCUCCCACCGCCGCAAGACACCUGCACUCUCUGCUGCUCCCUCCAGUGCCCCUCCUGCCAAGUCAGCAGCACCUGAUUGGCUGCCGGCGAUGUCCUCCACGGCCGCGUCUUCAGCCAUGAAGCUGCCGGCGUCAGCUCCACAGCAAGAGAGCACGUCAUCGCCGCUAUCUGCCACCACUGCCACCGCCGCCUCUGCUGCCACUACAGCAGUGCCGCCUGUGCCGCUGCCAGCAACCCCUGACCUCGCGUCUGCGCCAUCGGCACCAGCAGCGCUGGUGCGGCUGCGGGGGCUGCAGGUGGCGCUGGGGCCGGAGCUGCGCGUGGUGUACCCGCUCAUCCUCAACCUCGCCACGCGCGGCGACCUGCACCUCAAUGGCUUUGCCGACCCGCGCCUCGUGCGCCCCUCCGGCACGCUCUUCUUCGAGAACGGCGAAGUCAACCUCGUUGCCACCCAGCUGCGGCUGAACCGCGACCACCCCAACUGUGCGCGCUUUGAGGCGGCGCUGGGCAUGGAUCCGCUGCUGGACCUGAAGCUGGUGGGGGCGGACUGGCAGAUGCGCAUCCAGGGCCCGGCCAACCGCUGGCAGGACCACGUGGUGCUCACCACGCUGCCGCGCGGCGGCGAGGAGGACGUGCUGUCGCCCGCGGAGGCGGCGCGGCUGUUUGAGAGCCAGCUGGCGGAGUCGCUGCUGGAGAAGGACGGGCAGCUGGCGCUCAAGAAGCUCGCGGCCGCCACCGUGGAGACCCUCAUGCCCAAGAUCGAGAGCCGCGGGCAGUUCGGGCAGGCGCGGUGGCGCCUGGUGAGCGCGCCGCAGAUCCCGAACCUGCUCUCGCUGGACCCCACCUCCGACCCCUUCCAGUCCCUCGCCAACCUCUCCUUCGGCGCCGAGGUGGAAAUCCAAAUCGGCAACAACCUUCAGGUGCUCAACGGGCGGGCUGGGAUACAUGGAUCUUACAUCCAUGUGAAAUGCAUCGUUCUGGCAUAG